CCGAGCGGGUCACCCCGGCGGGGGCAGCCCCCCCCCCGCGGCCGACUCUCGCUGCGGGCCCCCCCGCGGCGGGGCGGGGGCGAGGGGGGGCUGGCGUUGCCCUUUUAAGGGGUUCCUUGAAACCGCGUCCGGGUUCCAUGUUUGUAGCAAAAAUUGUGCAGAGGAAACUCCAUGUUGUAACAAAGUUUCCUCCGCGGUGCCGCGCCGCUCCGCGCCGCUCGCUCCCGCCAGCUCCCGCCCGCGCCCCCCCCUUCCGCGGCCCCUUCCACCCCCUCCCCCUCUUCUCCCCCCUCUUCGCCUCGGGGGGGCCGAGCCGGGGGGGCCGGUGCGAGCCCCCCCCCGCGGCGCGGCCCCGUGGGCCCAUGGACCACCAGUCCAUCAUCGCCCAGGUCAGCCGGGAGGAGGCGGCCGCCCCGCUGCAGGAGAAAGGUGCCCAGAGCCCCUCAUCCACCAAGAAGCCGCGGAGCCGCAGCAUCCUCCAGUCCCUCUUCUGCUGCCUGUGCCACGAUGACGCGGAGCCCUUCUCCGUCAACAACAACGCCCCGCUGCUGGUGGAGGAGAACGGCACCGUGCCCAAGGCUGCCGUCAAACACCUCCUGCCCGAGGUCAAGCCGCAGGACACCAGCAAGCUGUGCGUGGUCAUCGACCUGGACGAAACGCUGGUGCACAGCUCCUUCAAGCCGGUGAACAACGCUGACUUCAUCAUUCCCGUGGAAAUCGAUGGCAUCAUGCACCAGGUGUACGUGCUAAAGCGGCCGCACGUGGACGAGUUCCUGCAGCGCAUGGGCGAGCUGUUCGAGUGCGUGCUCUUCACCGCCAGCCUGGCCAAGUACGCAGACCCCGUGGCCGACCUGCUGGAUAAAUGGGGGGCUUUCCGGGCCCGGCUCUUCCGCGAAUCCUGCGUCUUCCACCGGGGCAAUUAUGUGAAGGACCUGAGCCGCCUGGGUCGUGACCUGCACCGGAUCAUCAUCGUGGACAACUCACCCGCCUCCUACAUUUUCCACCCCGACAAUGCUGUGCCUGUGGCCUCGUGGUUCGAUAACAUGGCAGACACGGAGCUGCUGGACCUGCUGCCCUUCUUCGAGAGACUCAGCAAAGUGGACGACGUUUACACAGUGCUGAAGAAACACCGGACUAACAGCUAGUGCCCCCGGGCGCCUGCCCACACGCCUGGGCCGUCCCCGGGCUCGGCGCCACGCCAGCAGCAGCGCCAGCCGGACGCCAGUGCCAGACUCCUGCCCGCCGGGCACUGAUGGUUUCUCCUGCGCUGGGGGGGGCACCAUGGCGGCAACCGAGUGCCUUACUGGGGGGGGGGGGGGUCCCAAAGCAUCCUCCCUUGUCCCUGGGCCUGCUGGGUGUGGGUGCCCUGGCCCCCUCCCUGCCUGCUGGUGUUGGGAGCAGAUGGGGCAGCAGUGCCCCUGCCAUGGGAACUGGGUGUCCCUCUGCUUGGGUGCCCCCCCCGAAGGGUGGCCCAUGGGUGACACAUUGCCUUGCUGUGCUGGGGACCUGCUGGGGGGGGGAGUUCCUGUCCACCUCCCCAGCUUUUAUCUCCUCUCCACAAAACGGUUCUCAGGUCCUUUUCGCCUCCAUGUCCCCCAGAGUGGGGAGGGGGAAUCAGCAACUGCUGCUUUCCACUGCCUUUUGGGGGGACGGACCCCUCAUGUGGGUUCCGCCUGCUAGGCAGGCUGGCAGCCCUUGGCCCCUAUCCACAGGGGCCCACAGUAAGGGUUAACCCCUUGCCACCCCCCUCCCAAAAAGAAAAGGGGGUCCCAUUAGUCUUGAAGCAUGGGGCCUGCCUCCGUACCCUUAACUCUGCCCUUGGUGCAACUGAUCACCUCUGGGGGGGGCACGUCUGUACCCCUUCCUCGUGCCUUCCAGUGCCCCCCCACCCACAGGGGUGAGAUUUGGGGGGCAGCCCGGCCUCGGGGCUGAGCCCCUGGCUGUAAAUGCCCCCCACGUGCCUUGGGACGCUGCGUCUCCAUGACCCCCGCGCAGCCCUGCAAGGGCUGUGCUGAGAGGGGCUCUUAAAUCCCCCCUCCAGCCCCAGUGUAUGCCCAGCAGGGGAGGGUCUGGCUGCCUCCCCCCACUCCCAGUAACACUGUGUUAAUGGGAACCCGCCUAGUCCCUAAUGAGGGGGUCCCUGGCCCUGCUGCAGGGGGCUGUGCACCCCUGUCCCCAACCCUUCACAGUUUCACCAGAGGCUGCGACUUCCGGGGCAGGGGGAUGACACCCCAAUACAAGCCUUAGUGUGCCCCCCCCCAUCUCCCCUCAGCCUUAUACCAGCCCUGGCCCCCCUUCCCACAGCCCAGGUUCACCCCCAUGGGGCUGAGCCCUUGCCAGACUACCCCCAGCCUUUGGGGGGCCGGGACUCUCAGGGAGGGGGCUUGAGGGAGGGCUGAGUUCAGCCAGGUGCAUUUUAGAUACAGUGUCUCUAUAUUUUUAGGGGAAAAAGCAACGGUUUCCUGAAAA